AACCCUAAAGAAAGAGCGAGCGACUGUGAAAGAUGAGGGCUUUAGAUGAAGCAGAAACAACAGCAGUAUUCGAGAAAUUAUUCAAAUUCACCGGAAACAAUCUAAAAAACAUCAUUGAGAAACCAUCGCAUGAAGGUCCAGAUAAAGAACCAGGUAGAUAUUGUUUCCGUUUACAAAAGAACAGAGUAUUCUAUGUUUCAGAAUCACUAGUUAAGAGAGCUACAAAUAUAAGUAGAGAGAAACUGAUAUCGUUAGGUAUUUGUAUUGGCAAGUUUACUAAAGGUGGUAGUUUUCAUUUAACUAUACAAUCUCUGAAUUUAUUAGCUGAUAAUGCUAAACAUAAAGUAUGGUUAAAACCAACCUCAGAGAUGAGUUUUCUAUAUGGGAAUCAUGUUUUGAAAGGUGGGUUAGGAAGGAUUACUGAGAAUACUGUUGCUGGUGAUGGUGUUGUUGUGUUUUCAAUGACUGAUGUGCCUUUAGGGUUUGGGAUAUCAGCUAAAAGUACUCAAGAUUGUAGGAAGUUAGACCCUAAUGGUAUUGUUGUUCUUCAUCAGAGUGAUAUUGGGGAGUAUUUGAGAAUGGAAGAUGAUCUUUAAGUUAAUUUUGGUGAGGAAUCGUGUUUUACUUUUAUUGUUUUGGGUUUUGGGGGUUUUGAGAACUGUAAUCUGGGUUAUUAAUGGAUUAUUCAUAUGUUUUUACAUUUGAAUUGUAUUGCCAAUUUUCAUGUUAACAAUGAAGUAAACUUUGAAUUUACGUUUGAAUUUGAUGAUAUUUGAGUA